UACCAGUCGAUCAGCUGCCGGAGUUCGGUUGGGGGUGUUUCUUGGCAAUUGGCAGUUGAUCUACACUAGAAUUUCUCGCCCUUCUAGCCCCGUAAAUCUCAAUUCUUCGUCCUAGCAUCUCAAAGUCGAAAGCUUACUUCGUUAUCAUUUUUGAUACCUCAAAACUGUCGAGUUGUCUUCAUUGUUUUUUGUGAUUCUCCGUUGCAUUUUACCACUCGCGAAGCCAGGACAGGAACGACAACGAGUGUGACGUCACGCGCCCGUAGAAACAGAACAGACUGUUCUUGUGGCCUGCUUUAUUUCGUGAUAAAGAAAACAGUGAUAUCUCUGUCAAAGGUACGUCGCAAUUUCUUGACGGAACUGGAAUUCUCGUCAAAGAAAUUUUAAAAAGAGCCGUGAAUUUAGUGCCUCGAGUGUCGAUUUUCGACCUUGAUUGUGAACACAACAUAUGAUUCAAAAGUGCUUUCCGAUGACUGUCAGUCGUCCGUGAAUCGUCGUGUCUUCGUCUAGUAAUUCUUCUGAAAAAGAUACUUUUCGAAGGAGGAGCGCGUGCUGCUGGGAGUCCAACGUAAGAAUCUUUAUUAAAGAAAAACGAUGGACUCAGAAGAGGAAACGUACGAUGAUGUGGACUCCGGUAACGAAUCUAGUGGAGAUGACAAUAUGGAAUUCGCUAUGGAAAUUGAAGCCGCAAAUCCCAGAGAGCGAGCCAGCGACGUUGACGAUUACCCCUUCGAAGUUCUGUCCACAGAAGAAAUUGUCCAACAUAUGGUGGACUCCAUAAAGGAGGUCAACAUGGUUGUGGAGAUUCCGGCGACAACAACGCGAAUUUUACUCAAUCACUUCAAAUGGGACAAAGAGAAGUUGAUGGAGCGAUUUUACGAUGGAGAUCAGGAAAAGCUGUUCGCUGAAGCGCGUGUUAUAAAUCCUUUUAGACAGGGUCCAGUAAUUAACCGCAACCGAGCUUCCCAAAGUUCCUUGUCGAGACGCACGUCGACAAACGGAACAGAAGAAUGCGGGAUUUGUUUUAUAACCUUGCCAACACCUAUGAUGACUGGAUUAGAAUGCGGACAUCGAUUUUGCACUGGUUGCUGGGGCGAAUACCUUACGACAAAAAUCAUGGAAGAGGGCGUGGGUCAAACAAUCGCUUGCGCAGCACACGCUUGUGACAUUUUGGUAGACGAUGCAACCGUCAUGCGACUGAUCAAGGACUCCAAGGUUAAGCUGAAAUACCAACAUCUCAUCACAAACAGCUUUGUCGAAUGCAACAGGCUCUUAAGGUGGUGUCCAUCGCCAGACUGCAACAACGCGAUAAAGGUUCAAUACGUUGAAUCGCGACCUGUCACCUGCAAAUGUGGGCACACCUUCUGUUUCCACUGUGGAGAAAACUGGCACGACCCGGUCAAGUGUCACCUUCUGCGAAAGUGGAUCAAAAAGUGCGACGACGACUCAGAGACGUCCAACUGGAUUGCAGCAAACACUAAGGAAUGCCCGAAGUGUAAUGUCACAAUCGAGAAGGACGGAGGAUGCAAUCACAUGAUUUGCAAAAAUCAAAAUUGUAAGACAGAAUUUUGCUGGGUAUGUCUAGGACCCUGGGAACCGCAUGGAUCAAGCUGGUAUAGUUGUAACCGCUACGACGAAGAUGACGCCAAAACAGCGAGAGACGCUCAGGAAAAGUCUCGAGCUGCUCUUCAGCGGUACUUGUUUUACUGCAAUCGUUACAUGAAUCAUAUGCAGUCUCUUAAGUUUGAACACAAGCUCUACGCCAGUGUCAAGGAGAAGAUGGAGGAGAUGCAACAGCACAACAUGUCCUGGAUCGAGGUUCAGUUCCUGAAAAAAGCUGUGGACAUUCUCUGUCUCUGCCGACAAACAUUGAUGUACACAUACGUCUUUGCGUAUUACUUGCGAAAAAACAAUCAGUCUGUGAUUUUCGAGGAUAAUCAGAAGGAUCUUGAAGGUGCGACGGAGUGCUUAUCUGAAUAUUUGGAACGAGAAAUUACCAGCGAGAAUCUUGCUGACAUUAAACAGAAAGUUCAGGACAAAUAUAGAUAUUGCGACAGUCGGAGGAAAGUGCUUCUCGAGCAUGUGCACGAAGGAUACGAGAAAGAAUGGUGGGACUACUUGGAUUGAAUCCGGAGAAUCUUUGAAGGCCUCCGCAGCUGUGAUAAACCCGGAAAGCCGAACCGACACGGAAGUGAAGCAAACAGAGAAAUCAAGUGAUACGGAGAAGCAACAGGAACAUCGGAUAUCCAUUUCUAACUCUGUUUUCGAACAAAACCUCGUUAAAGAAUUUUCUCUCACGCGUCUCGAAUCUAUCUACAUUGAAUAUGUUAAAACUAAUUUUUCUUGUUAUUAUCAUUAAAAAGCGAUAAACCAACGCAUCACGGUUUCAAAGAAUCGCCUUCUUCAAAUCCACGCUCAGAACGUUAAGAAAGAGAAUAAAGAUAGGAAUUCUCACAUGUGGGGAUUGAUCUCCUUAUAAUCCUACUUUUAGGGUUUUUUUCCUCCCAAAUCGAUCCUCGACUCUCCGGAAUUCGUGCACAGCUUACUUAAACCUUUUUCUUCACAAAUUUGAGGACAGCAAAACGUCCAAUUGGAAACUGCCAAUCAUUAAUCGUUAAUUUAUGAUAAACGUCCUCAGCAAUAGGAAUGAAUUUUAGAGGCCCGGGCGAUUAUAAUUUAGCCUUUGAUCCAUUGAGAAGCUUCAGGUUUCUAUGGCUUUCAAUCUCGCAUAUUUAUGAGUUAAAGACUAUAGAAUAAAUAAUUUUUAAGUUUUACCUAUUCACGAAUGGAAAUACAACUUUUUAUGUCUCUCUCUGCCAGGAUUAAUUUGAGCAUGUGUAGAGUAAAACUGGUAAAAAAUUAUCAGCUGGUGUUCUGACCAGUUUCAGUAAAAUUAAAAAAAAAAUAUUAACUUAAAGAAAGGAGCAGAACAACCGUCUGCAUAUGUUGGGAACGCGAUCGAGUUCCACUGUACAGUUAUGUAGUUAUAUACAUAAAAUCAUAUACAUAUAAAUAUAUACAUACGCGUAUGAUAUAUGAAUAAAGUAGAACUAAUGUCAAAGACCCUAGGUAGAUUAUACUAAUAUUACUAUUAAUAAGAAAGAAAAUUAAGUAGUGUCUUUAAGAGUUAUAUGAACUGAAAUUGUUAAUUUUUAACGCUUCAAUUGAGUAAAAAGAAAAUAAUGAGAAGAGAGGGAGAGUGCGUCAUUGUGAUUUGUUCGUUUUUCUGUGACAAAUUUCGAAAUUAGUUCUAAGGUAAAUCUGUUUUUUUUUUAUAAAUAUAUCGAUCUCUGUUCGUCUUCAAA